CCUUUGACCUGAAAUGUACUUCCUACUUCAGUUGGUUUCAUGCUCUUUAGUCCUUGGAUGGUUUAGUGCAAAAAUGCGAUAAAUCCCACAUAUAAAGGAAAUAAAAUUCCGCUUCAUCUGUCCGGCUUCAUAGAGGGUUAACUGGACCCAGUGUUUGACCGAAGAACAGAAAUGGCCUCUUUACUGAACCUGAGACCGCUGUUGACCUCCCUGUUACAUGUGUCCCAGAAUGCCUCAGCAUGGACGGCACCCCUCCUCUCCAGGACCAUGGCCACCCUGAACCAGAUGCACCGCCAGGGGAAACCCAAACCUCCUCCGAAGACACUCGGGGCCACGUUUGGUCGGCCGCAGAUGAAAGCCAUCAUCCUGAAGACUAUGAUCCGCAAACCAAAGAAACCCAACUCAGCCAACAGGAAGUGUGCUCGGGUGCGUUUGUCCAAUGGGAAGGAGGCAGUGGUGUUCAUCCCCGGAGAAGGACACAACCUGCAGGAGCACAAUGUAGUCCUAGUCCAGGGGGGCCGGACCCAGGACCUGCCUGGUGUCAAACUCACUGUGGUCCGAGGGAAAUAUGACUGUGCUCAUGUGAUCAAGAAGAAACAGUAGAAAAAGAGACUGAACCAGGAUGCUGCUGUGUUUUAUGUUUAUUUGAUGUUUAAAUAAAUGUGCUGAUAAAAAUGUCA